AAUAGAGUCCGGGGACGUGUGCAAGAUGCGAGGCGACUAAGACGCUUUCUCUUGAGUCAAAGACGCCAGUUGCUGCCAUCGAACGACGCGAGGAGUCCACUACUAUAGCCGGAACUUUGUAACUAGCUACAAGAAGCUUCAAAAUGGUUUACGAGUCUGACUUCUAUACCACCCGCCGCCCGUACAGCCGCCCCACCGUCACCUCGUACUCUGUCACGGACAGCCGUCAUCCGAAACUCCAUGGAAUUGGGAAGGCUCAGACCUUCCAUCACUCCAUCCCGUUCGUCGCUCACAAACGUCUGACCGGGGUGACCCCUCCCGCUCACACGGUCCGUGUGCGGCCCUCUAUCAUCCUUGCAGAGAUUGACCGCAUCAACCACAAAGUCCGGCCAUCGCUCGCCUACCAGCCCGCCGAGGACUUCCUCAACUCACGCUCCGUCGUGUCGUUUGAUGACGAAGCACGUUCGAUCAGGGCACAGACGGCAGCGCUUCUGAAGCGGAUACAUGAACCACUGCCUCGUGCAACCAAGACCUUCCCAAUCAGUGUCACCAGGUACGAGGAGACACCAAUUCCUGAACGCAUCACUUCUGACGCCUAUAUAUACCGUCUGCUGGGACCGACCCAUAACGUGAAGCAAGAGGUUCUCACUAUGUCACACUACGACGAGCCUGCCAAGCGACUUAUGGGUAAGGGACAUCUGGCGUGCGUCAGCUUCGCUGGAGGACGCGCAUUUCCACGGAGGAAGAACCUGUUCUAUGAUGAUGAUCGCGUUAAAAAUGACGUCCAGUAUCUUUCACAUUACAAAAAGAACAUAGAAGCAGCUGAAAAUCCUCAGCAAACGUCGGCUGCAGCACUGUCUGCAGACUGGUACCGCAACGCGGCCGCGUACAUCUCCCCGCCCAGGUCUAGACCCAUCAGCCGGUUCUACAGGCCCACUUUCGUCCCAGAUGAAAAUCUGUCGUACUACGAACCUCCAGCUUCACCUACCAAAAGGACCGGUUCAACAAGCAGCCAGUCACAGCGAUCUGCUGAAACAUCUUCUACAGCACGAACUGAGAGACAAUCCUCACUCAAAGAAGAUGGCUCCGAAGAUACUGAAGCCAGAAGUAUCCGCAGGAAGAAGAAGAGGCAGGAGGAAGCAAGGUUAGCCGAGCAGAAAGCUUUGGAGGGACAGGCAGAGAUAGAAAAGAAGAAAGAGGCAGCUAGAGAAGCCGAACUUGCUAGACAGGAGAAGCUGGCUCAGGAGGCAGCUUUAGAGCGCCAGAAAGAAAUUGACAGGAAGGCAGAACUUGCCAGACAAGCCGAGGAGGAGGCCGAGAGACAAGCUGAACUAGAGCGACAGGAAGCUGAACGUAAAGCAGAGGCCGAGAGACAGGCUGAACUAGAGCGCCAGGAAGCUGAGCGUAAAGCAGAGGCCGAGAGACAAGCUGAACUAGAGCGCCAGGAAGCUGAGCGUAAAGCAGAGGCCGAGAGACAAGCUGAACUAGAGCGCCAGGAAGCUGAGCGUAAAGCAGAGGCCGAGAGACAAGCCGAACUAGAAAGACAAGAAGCUGAACGCAAAGCUGAAGAAGAGCGUCAGGCUGAGGUUGAACGCCAAAAAGAACUUGAGCGUCAAGCUGAGAUUCAGCGUCAGGAAGAAGAGCUGGCUAAACUCGAAGCCGAGGCUAAGGAAGCUGAAGCUACUUCAGUCGCCGAAGCGACGUCUGAGAGCCUUGCAGAAAAGCAAGAACUUGUGCCAGAAAUAGAAGGAAAGGAGGAAUCGGAAGAGAAACCAAUACAGGAAGAGGAAGUAAAAGCGUCUGAAACUGUGACGAUCCCGGGCUCGGAAGAAGAGUCAGGUCCCGAACCUGUAGUGGAGGAGCCCUUGUCACCAGAGACUCACCAGGAACCUACAACAGGUAAUAUUAUAGAGGAGAUUCAUGACGCAGGUAUACCUGAGGAAGAGGAAGAAGAAUAAUAACAAUGUAUAGCAUUAUUGUCUCACGUGUCUGCCCACAAAGAACGAAGGAAGGAAACCAUUCCAUCGCACAAAAAUUCGAGGAGGAGGAUGAUCGCAGGUGGCCGCACGCAGAAUUACAGGGGCAAUCACGCAAUGAGACAGCUCGUUCAGUGUCCGCCUACACUCACGUUACUGAAAUUGAAAUCGCGUGAUAAUGUUUAUUUUAUUUUACGUUUGAAACUGACAUACGUAUCUUUCUUCAGCGUGUUGCAUGACAAGGUUUAUUCCUACGUAGGGUCUUCUGCAGUCUGUAAAGUCUAGUUAAGUACAUCUCUGUCCUUUGAUGAGAUUAUCAAAUAGCAUUGAUGUAAAUGAAAUUACAGGCUAAGUUUACAAUAAUAUAUAUAUAUAUAUCACUGCGUCCUAUAUACUAGUAUGUAUAUCCUUUCUGACAGAGAGCUCAUAUUUUGAAUCUGAUAUUUCCUAUAGGUAGCAGCAAGUUUGUUGUACCUUCAUUAUGCAUGGUUUUAUAAUAAGAACUGAAGUUACUGUAUAUUUACUGAUUCGUUUAACUUUAUAACAUUUCCCAGAGUUCUUUCUACAUAUAAAAUUAAUAGAGGAUUUACAUCAAGUAACGUUUACACCUAUUUCAUUUCAGAACUCAACAGUUGAAAUAUGUGGUCUUGAUAAUAUAUUUUAUUUCGCAAGUUAAAAGAGUGUUCAUGUGUAUAUAAUAUUGUUCUUAUGUAUAUUAUAUGAAUGAAAACAUAAACUAUUAAAUAAAGUUCCCUCAGCAAAGAGAUAUGUAAA